AUGACGAUAUUCUACGAAGGAUCAUUGCAGGAGGGCAUUGCUGUCGCCAUGAGGGAGGCAAAGGCGGUUGUUUGUUUCGUUCGAGAUGAUGCCCCGUUGAGCUCGACUUGGGAGCAAGAGUACUUUUCAGACAAUGAGGUUGCGCAAGCUCUCAGCGACAAGUCAGUGUUGUUGCGCCUGACUGCUGGAACCCAGGAAGCCGGGUUUCUGAGCUCAUUCUGUCCCAUCGCCGAGUUCCCCGCUCUAAUUGCUAUCAAGAAUGGCAAGAUGGAGGAGUAUCUGCUACCCGGCGUCUCGAGGGACGAGUUCAAGAGCCGGAUUCUCGCAGUACUGGGAGAACAGAAAGCUCCUACUCCCGUUCCUUCUCAGCAACUACAAGCCGGCAUACCCGCUUUGAAUACCGUUCCUUCUUCUUCCUACCCGACUACUACGCCACUCGCCACCCCUAAUGCCCCGGCCUACAGGCGGCCAUCACAAAGUACAUCUGCUCCACAACGAACCCAAGAAAGCGCAAAGCCGACGAAACAAUCAGCCAAGCAGGAAACGGCAAAGCCCACCCCUACAAAGCCCAAGCCAGCGAGAAAGGAUAAGGAGACGAAACCGGCCCAGGUAUUAGAGAAGACUGCCACAACCUCUCAGAAAUCAACCAAGCCAGCAAUCAGCAAGCCCCCGCCGCCUACAGUUGAACAUGAGGAGCCGAAACCUCAACCGCCAGCUCCAAGGGGACCUCCCAGCCAGUAUCGACUCCAAGUACGAUUAUUCGACGGUCGUUCCAUCAGAUCAAGUUUCACCCCGACCCAAACAAUACGCAACGACGUUCGUCAAUGGCUAGACGAGCAAAUGACAGACGACAAACGACCCUACAAUCUUAAACAUAUCCUCACCCCCCUACCCAGCCGCACGCUCUCUGUUGCCGAAGAAUCCCAGGCUCUCCAAAACAUCGGCCUCGAUUCUACUGCAACCCUGGUCAUGGUCCCUGUUGCUUCGUACACGGAGGCUUAUACCUCCGCGGCAGCUAGCUUACCCGCGCGUGGUAUUUCUGCCGUCUACAAUGUAGUUUCGUCGGUUGCAAGCUCGGCUACCAGCCUGGUUGGCUCGUUCAUUGGGUAUGGAUCUAGCGCACCGGAAAAUAAUAGGCAGCCUUCGACGCCUAGUCCUCCGCCAAGUGAGAAUACUCGACGGCCACGAACGGGUGGAUUGAACAUUCGAACGCUACGUGAUCAGCAGAAUGAACGUGAUGAUAGCCAAUUUUACAACGGGAAUCAGUUGAACUUUCAGCCGGAUUGA